GAGGGAGUUGCAGUAGUCGAGUCGUGAUAUGAUGAGGGAGUGGAUGAGCUGUUUAGUGGUUUCUGGGGUUAGGAACGUGCGGAUUUUGGCAAUGUUGCGGAGGUGGAGUCUGCAUGAGUUUGUUAAAGAUUGGACUUGGGGCUGGAAGGAUAGGUUGGAGUCCAGAAUGACACCAAGUACUCUGGCCUGCGGGGCGGGUUUGAUGGUGGCAUUGUUGGAUGUGAUGGAGAAGUCAAUGGAGGGUGGUGUCCGGGCUGGGGGGAAGACAAAAAUACAGAGAUAUACAGAGAAACCACUUGUUAAAAAGAGCAAC